GACCGAACACUAUCGAAAGAUAAGAUGAGGAUUGCCAAACCAAGAUUCACAGAGUUUGGGGCGGUACGUUCCCUUAUACUAUACCUAUAUCCUCGCGAAGGGGUUUGGAAAGAGAAGGGGGGGGGCGCGUCAUCGCUUUGUUGUAUGUGAGAAUGAUGGCUAAUGAGCUGAGAUAGGACAACGAUGACGCCCCCCCUCCGGACCCUCGCCUGGCAAUGGGUGGGAGGCUCGGUUAUAUCAACACCGACUUCCAUUUGCCCAAAUCUCGAUUACGGCACACACCCUACAACCUCAGACCUUAUCCUUAUGACCCUAAGACCUCCGUUGGCCCUGGACCCCCGACUCAGGUUGUCGUGAUGGGCUUCAAUCCCCUCAUUGCCUUCUCCAAAGUUUCGCAGAUCUUUGCGAGCUUUGGUGACAUCGCUGAGAGCAGCAACAAAAUGCAUCCCGAAACCGGAAGCUACCUUGGCUUCGCGACCUUCCGAUACAAAGACUCACUGCCCACCCGCUCAAAACCUGUGCCAAUCAAAGCCAUGGAUGCAGCGCGUCGCGCCGUCAAGUCAAUGCAUGGACAACGGAUCGAGUCGUAUCAGAUUCGGGUGGAGUUCGACCCGGAGGGCAAGAAAAGUCGUCGGAUGAUGGAAGAGACACUCAAACGGGAUAGGAUGGCACAACAGCCUUCUGUCUCUAAGCCAGCAGCACCCACCGGACCCAAAACCAAUGCCCUCGGCACCAUAGCAGGACCACCGCCCAUGGCCCCCAAGGGUCCUGCUGCUCAACGGCAGUUCCCACCGCAUGCUGUCAGCGUCGCCGGAAGGCCGCCGCAUCCGCCCAAACCGCAUCCACCCAAGCCGCAUUCAUUUAUUGAAGAGAAGCCCAUUGCACCACAGCUAGUCGCGGAGCCGUAUAUUUUCGUCCCCAGCGCAAAAGUGCCCGUCAUGCACACGACUGUUCCUCACAUGAAGAGACGCCUUAAGGCAUAUGUCUUCGACGAUAUUCGCGUCGAUCGGACUGGCUACUACAUCGUGUUUUCGAAUUCCCUCGCCGGUAAAUCGGAGGCCGAGCGUUGCUACCGAUCGGCGCACUGCACAGAGUUCUUCAACUAUCAGUUUUACAUGACGCUUUGCAUUCCGUCACACUUUCGAGACAACUCGGGUCCGCCUGCUGCAGUCCGCGGACAUCGGACGCCAAGCCCCGAGCCAAUACCAAGGAGAGAAGCGCAGAUGCUAGAAGAGAGAGAUCGAAGGUGUCGGGACGAUGAACUUGACAUGGAAGAAGAGAAACGCCAGAGAGCCAAGAACUUUGACCCUGUCAAAGCGGCGUGCGAAGUUAUCACUCAGGAGUUGGCUGAACACCUUAUCAAACAUAUUCGAACCCGCGUUGCAGCUCCAGCACUGACCGCAUUCCUAAACCCUGCCAACCACACUGCCAAGCGACGAAAGCUGAACCUCGAAGAACCCGCCGGUGCACCGUCACUCCACAUUGAGGCUGGUGACGAGAGCUCGCGCAUAGGUACUCCCAAUUCAGGCGCCGACCCUAUUGAACGGCGCACAGGGCGUCUGGAGGUUUCCGCACUGCCUCGCAUUCGGAAGGCGAAGGCCACGGGACAGGGACAGCGGAACCACGGCUUCACGGAUCCUUUCGGACGCGGGCGAGCGCCACAACAACGGACCGCGGUUCGCUCACUGCACCAUCGUCUUCAGGCUUUCGACAGCGACAUCGAGUCUGACGACGAAGGCGACGAUGUUGGGGCGUCGGUCGCUCGAGAAACCGAAGAACCAGAGUCUCGUCCGCGCAGCCGCAUGAGCACUGACGACGAAGAUGACGGCUCCAAGGACGACCUCGCUUCCUGGGGUCCGGCCGAGGACGACUCAAUGACCGACAUUAGCUUUGCAGUAGGCGGCCUGCCCUCUAAGAAGCGGAAACUUAACCUCGACGCCCAAUCCGCCAUCAAACGGCAGAAGAAGUCCGACGAAGAGCUCUUUGGCGUGACGCUCAACCAUAUUGAGACGGACUUUCCUGUCCAUGAGAUCACGGAGGAAGCGACUCCCGAGGUUGACAUGGCUGAUUCCAAGGAACUGAGUGAGCAGCCCGCAUCGCGCUCAGAGACUCCCGCCACUGUAACCGGGAAAGCUGCUGCGAAGAAGCCGAAGGCGAAACGGAAAUCAAAGAAACAGAUUCUCGAAGAGCGCGAGUCACUCAAGAAAGAAUCGACUGGGCCCCCAGAGCCCGAACCUGUGGCAAUCGAUAAAGCGGCGGCAGAGGAACCCGCUGUUGAGGACAAAACGGAGGGAGCAGUGGCCAUUGCGGAGCCGGUCCUCGAGAGCCCAGAUCUCAAUCUGUUCUCGCACGUCCCGGUCUCAGCACUGGAACUUUCGGGUGACUUUUUGCCCGACAUGGCGGCAUUGCAAGACCUUCCUCUAUCUUCAGCCGACCGCCCCGAACUUGCCAGGCUGCGGAAGAAGUUUGGCAUUGCUGAGCUCGAAGAUCCCCUCCUCUGGCUUUUGCGAAGAAACCGGAUUCGCGAACUGAACUCCGCAGGACAGUCGGCCAACGAAUCCGUGGGCAUCGGAGGCUACUACGUCCCUAAUUCGACUGGGUGCGCCAGGACGGAGGGGGUGAAGAAGAUCCUCAACUCGGAAAAGUCGAAGUACUUGCCUCAUCAUAUCAAAGUCCAAAAGGCCAGAGAAGCGCGGGAAGCGAAGGUCAAGAAGGAUGGCAAGGACGCAUUAGCGCCGGUUGUCCCGCAGGCGCCCAAGGGGAACUCACGGGCGAACCGUGCAAACAACCGCCGACACGUCACGGCGCUGCAGGACGAGAUGAAAUCAUCCGGAGAUCCCGAUGUAUUCAAAUUUAACCAACUGAAGAAGCGGAAGAAACCCGUCAAGUUCGCCCGGUCAGCCAUCCACAACUGGGGCCUCUACACGGAAGAGAACAUCAACAAGGAUGACAUGAUCAUCGAAUAUGUCGGGGAGCAGGUCAGGCAGCAGAUCUCCGAGAUCCGCGAGAAGCGGUACCUCAAGCAGGGCAUGGGGAGCAGUUACUUGUUUCGCAUCGACGACAACACUGUCAUUGACGCGACCAAGAAGGGCGGCAUCGCCCGCUUUAUCAACCAUAGCUGCAUGCCCAAUUGCACGGCCAAGAUCAUCAAAGUGGAUGGCAGCAAACGGAUUGUCAUCUAUGCUCUCCGCGAUAUUGCUCGGAACGAGGAGUUGACGUACGAUUACAAGUUCGAGCGAGAGAUAGGUAGCACGGAUCGUAUUCCCUGCCUCUGCGGAACGGCUCAGUGCAAGGGUUUCCUCAAUUGACGAAGAUCAUACCGUCAUGCCCCCCCUCGUCGUCGCUGGUGCAUGGUGGGCUGGUGCUGAACUUAUUUGUACCUAUUCACUGUGCAUGGGUAGUUUGAUACUCUUGGGUAUCUCUUGCUCUCUGUUCUCUGUUCUCUAUUUGACUGGACGAACACAACAGUGUUGAGCCUACAUCUGUUGCCUUGGACUUUGGAUUGGGUUUCUUUUUUUUUUGCCUUUUUUUUUCCUGUUCAGCUUCGCCUAUAUAGGCUUCAACAGCAUUGCCCGGAACCGAGUAAGGGCAUGGAAACGGCGAGGGAAGGAGGAGUGAAACUGC